AUGGGAGCUAGGGCGAUUAGUGAGCAGGGACUUUUAGCUGUAUUAUUAUUUGUUCUCGGCCUUUGUUCUAUGCCGGUUUGCUUGGAUGCUGCUGGAGAUUCAACAAGCUUUAGUGUUUUAGAUUAUGGAGCUGCUGGUGAUGGCCAAACGGAUGAUUCCAAGGCAUUUUUGGAGGCUUGGAAUGCAAUGUGUUCUAGUAGAUCAACAGAUAUUCCUAUAAUGGUUGUUCCAGAGGGAAAGACAUUCUUGGUGAAGCCUGUAAACUUUUAUGGUCCUUGCUUGGCCAAGAACGUCAAUGUUCAGAUAAUGGGAAGCAUCAUAGCACCAAACACGAUUAAAGAAUGGGAGGGGGUCGAUGCAAGGUGGAUGGCGUUCAACAAUGUGAGUGGACUUAGCGUCAGUGGAUCUGGUACUAUUGAUGGACGGGGUUCUGACUGGUGGAAUAAUUCAUGCAGAGAUCAUCCUGGCAAGGGAUGCACCACUUUGGCACCAACUUCAAUGGAAUUCCAGAAUUGCAACGAAUGUCAUCUCAGCAACCUUCGGUUCGUCAACAGUCCACAGGUUCACAUCCUGGUGUACCAGUGUAAUGGGAUUUACAUUGAUGGAAUUGUUAUUAGGUCUCCAGAGAACAGCCCAAACACUGAUGGCAUCCACAUCCAAGCAGUCGACAAUAUGUUCAUCCAACGUGCAGACAUUGGCGCUGGAGAUGAUUGUAUCUCCAUAGGAGAUUUCACUUCCAAUAUUAAUGUCAAAGAUAUUAUAUGUGGUCCUGGCCAUGGUAUAAGUAUUGGAAGCUUGGGGAUGGGAGGUACAUCAUCCAAAGUGGAGAAUAUUAAUGUCAACAAUGUUACUCUCACCAAUACCAUGAAUGGUGUAAGGAUCAAGACAUGGGAGGAGGGACAAGGAUACUGUCGAGGAAUCACCUUUGAGCAUAUCAGGCUCACCAAUGUCCAAAACCCUAUCAUCAUUGAUCAACACUAUUUCUGCUGGGUAGCUGGAUGCAAAGACCUGCCAACGGGCACUCACAUAAGCAACGUUACAUUUUCUGACGUGAUGGGAACUUCAAGCACCCCUGUGGCCAUCAAUAUGAACUGUAGUUCCGCUGUUCCGUGCAGUGAAAUAUCCUUGGAUUCAGUACAACUUGUGUCUGCAACUUCUGGACAGAAGUUACUGGGUUUGGGUUUGGGAAAACUCCUUAGGGAGAGUGAGAGUCUGAGAGAGCAAUUACUACAAUUCCUUGGUUACAUUCCAUCUUUAAUAGAAAUACAGUUCUUUGGAGUUCUGCUGCAUAUCGGAGCGCUCGGUGAUGUUGAUGGUGCUGAUUUUGUUUCUUUGACGAUUAUUACUAUUACAGGCAACCCUAAAAGGUCAUUGCUUAUCCAGAACAGCAAGCAUGAAUAA